GCGCAAACAGAGCAGCAGCUUCACGGGGCUCAAACCGGCGGCUUGCAGAAGGGGCAGGUGGACGUCUGCGCAGACUACCACCUCCACUUGGCGGUCUGAAAGCAUCUCGGUGGAAACUCGGCCACUUCUCGCAGCCCGUCAGUGAUUUCGGUGUCAUUUGUCACAAAUACAUGCCGUUCAAGUGCUCGUAGUAAACAGUUCCUCGAGAUGGAAAACGCCCACACUAAAUCUGCAUCAGAAGUUUUAGCAAACUUCGGUGUGAACGAAAACACUGGACUCACGCUGGAACAAGUGAAAAUUAAUUUUGAAAGAUAUGGACCAAACGAGCUCCCAGCCGAAGAAGGUAAAUCACUGUGGGAGUUGGUGGUGGAGCAGUUUGAGGACCUCCUGGUGAGGAUUCUGCUGCUGGCAGCUUGCGUGUCUUUCGUGUUGGCACUGUUUGAGGAUGGGGAGGAGUCGACCACAGCCUUCGUGGAGCCUAUUGUCAUCCUGCUCAUUCUGGUGGCCAACGCAGUCAUUGGAGUCUGGCAGGAGCGAAAUGCAGAGGAUGCCAUCGAGGCUCUGAAGGAAUAUGAGCCAGAGAUGGGCAAAGUCUACCGCAUGAACCGCACUGCCGUCCAGAGGAUCAAAGCUCGAGACAUUGUGCCUGGAGAUAUUGUGGAGGUUUCUGUUGGAGACAAGGUGCCAGCAGAUAUCAGGAUCACUUCAAUCAAAUCCACCACCCUGAGAGUGGACCAGUCAAUUCUCACAGGCGAGUCUGUGUCUGUUAUCAAACACACUGAUCCUGUGCCAGAUCCACGAGCUGUCAAUCAAGACAAAAAGAACAUGCUGUUUUCUGGCACAAACAUUGCUGCGGGUCGGGCUAUCGGUAUUGUUGUCUCCACCGGCGUUUCCACUGAAAUCGGCAAGAUCCGCAACCAAAUGGCAUCAACUGAACAGGAGAAGACCCCGCUGCAACAGAAGCUGGAUGAGUUUGGCCAACAGCUUUCAAAGGUCAUCUCCCUCAUCUGCGUCGCCGUCUGGGUCAUUAACAUAGGCCAUUUCGCUGACCCGGUCCAUGGUGGCUCAUGGAUUCGAGGUGCCAUCUACUAUUUCAAAAUAGCUGUGGCCUUGGCAGUGGCAGCCAUCCCAGAGGGUCUUCCAGCUGUCAUCACCACCUGCCUGGCAUUGGGCACUCGUCGUAUGGCCAAGAAAAACGCCAUUGUCCGUUCUCUGCCCUCAGUGGAGACGCUGGGAUGCACCUCCGUUAUCUGCUCAGACAAGACGGGGACCCUGACAACCAACCAGAUGUCUGUCUGCAAGAUGUUGGUGGUUAAUAAGGCUGAUGACACCAGCUGCUCCCUGCAUGAGUUCACCAUCACCGGCUCAACCUAUGCUCCAGAGGGACAAGUGCUGAAAGCUGACAAGCCGGUGCAGUGUGGAGAAUAUGAUGGUCUGGUGGAACUGGCUACUAUCUGCUCCUUGUGCAACGACUCCUCGCUGGACUAUAAUGAGGCCAAAGGAGUGUACGAAAAAGUGGGCGAGGCCACAGAAACUGCACUCACGACUCUGGUGGAGAAGAUGAACGUGUUUAAAACCGACCUCUCCGGACUCAGCAAAGUGGAACGAGCUUCAGCAUGCAACUUGAUUAUCAGAAAGCUGAUGCAGAAAAAAUUCACACUGGAGUUUUCCAGAGACAGGAAGUCCAUGUCUGUGUACUGCACUCCCAAUGGCUCGAACUCUCAGAACAAGAUGUUUGUCAAGGGCGCUCCAGAGAGUGUGAUUGACCGUUGUCAGUUUGUGCGUGUCGGUAAGGACCGUGUCCCGUUGACCAUGGCGGUAAAGGAGAAGCUGACGAGCACUAUUAGAGACUGGGGGACAGGCAGGGACACUCUACGCUGCUUGGCUUUGGCCACACGAGACUCUCCCCCUCUUCAAGACAAAAUGGACCUGGAAAACGCUGUCAAGUUCUCAGAGUAUGAGUCAAAUCUCACCUUUGUUGGCUGUGUGGGGAUGUUGGAUCCGCCCAGAAAGGAGGUGAUUGGCUCAAUAAAGCUGUGCAGUAAGGCUGGUAUACGUGUCAUCAUGAUCACUGGGGACAACAAGGGCACCGCUGUGGCCAUCUGCAGACGCAUUGGCAUUUUCAACGAGGAUGAAGAUGUGGAAGGAAGAGCCUACACAGGCAGGGAGUUCGAUGACCUUACUCCAGAGGCCCAGCGAGAAGCUGUGAAAAGGGCACGGUGCUUUGCCCGUGUCGAGCCUGCACACAAGUCAAAGAUCGUUGCUUAUCUGCAGUCCUUUGAUGAGAUCACAGCGAUGACUGGUGAUGGUGUUAAUGAUGCCCCAGCCUUAAAAAAGGCUGAAAUUGGCAUCGCUAUGGGCUCAGGCACAGCUGUUGCUAAGUCAGCCUCUGAGAUGGUGCUCUCAGAUGAUAACUUCUCCACCAUUGUGGCCGCAGUGGAAGAGGGACGAGCCAUCUACAACAACAUGAAGCAGUUUAUCCGUUACCUCAUCUCCUCCAACGUGGGAGAGGUGGUGUGUAUUUUCCUGACAGCCAUCCUAGGCCUUCCUGAGGCUUUGAUCCCCGUCCAGUUGUUGUGGGUGAACCUGGUGACAGAUGGUCUGCCGGCCACUGCCCUGGGCUUCAACCCCCCUGAUCUGGACAUCAUGGACAAGCCUCCCAGAAACCCUAAGGAGCCUCUCAUCUCCGGCUGGCUGUUCUUCAGAUACCUGGCCAUUGGAGGAUACGUCGGUCUAGGCACUGUCGGCGCUGCAACCUGGUGGUAUUUGUUUGAUGAGAAUGGGCCACAGGUGUCUUUUUAUCAGCUGCGGCACUUUAUGCAGUGUACAGAAGAAAACCCCAUGUUUCAGGGUAUUGACUGUGAGGUCUUUGAGUCACGUUACCCCACCACCAUGGCUCUUUCUGUGCUUGUUACCAUAGAGAUGUUCAACGCUCUUAACAGCCUGUCAGAGAAUCAGUCUCUGCUAAGAAUGCCACCCUGGGUGAAUAUAUGGCUGCUGGGGGCCAUAAUUCUUUCCUUGUCUCUACACUUCCUCAUCCUGUAUGUGGAGCCUCUACCGCUGAUCUUCCAGGUAACUCCACUGCAUUAUUCCCAAUGGAUUGUAGUCCUCAAGAUCUCAAUUCCUGUCAUCCUAUUGGAUGAGGCACUCAAGUUUAUCUCCCGCCACCACUUAGAAGUUUAACUUUCUCCUCUCAUCUUUUAAAAGGUGAAGAGGAGGAAAAGUACAGGAAGAGUCGGCAGCUGAAAUUCUAGGACAACUUCCUCCAGACACACAUGAACACACACACGCCCACCCCUACCUUUUUUUCUCCGAGCUCUACAGACUACGCCCCAUACACACACAUUCACACACAAGUUCAUCAUCACUCCUCCCGUGUCUUCACUGCAUGUCCAGCCACCACUAAAACAAGCAGGGCUUGUGGUUUAUGUUACUGUGUGUGUGUGUGUGUGUGUGUGUGUGUGUGUGUGUGUGUGUGUGUGUGUGCAUGUGCGUGUGUGUUGGCAUGUGCAUGGGCCUAAUACCAUCAUGUCAAGCAGUUGUGUGACCGUUUGUUUUCUUUUAUUUUGCUUUUAAGCUUUCAUAUCCUUGCUGUAAAUAGUAGGGCAGUUUCUGGUGCACUUGAGGGAGCAGAAGAAGGUUUGACGUUAAACAUUUGGGUAUUACGGGUUAAAUUCAUGAGGGGGUGGGGGGGCAAUGAAACAAUACUUCACAAACAAAAUAAUUAACUUUACACAAUUGAAAAAGAGAGGAUAGAGAUGGCUUUAAGGGAGUCUUUUAAUGUGUGAAUGUUUGUGUUUGGACAGAAUGGCCAGUUUCUUAAGUGGUCAACUCCAGUUUCUCUCUAGUUCUUCUCUUUACAGAUGGGGUGGCCACCUUCAGUGCUGAGAGCUCAUCCUCUUAGCCAUUUAGAUAACUGUUUACACAAGGCUCAACUUGGCAGCAGAUAUAUUUAAACUGCACUGCAAAAAAAUUGUCUAAAAUAAGUGACAUGUAAACCUGAGCAUGUUGAAACAUGCUUCGUUUUAGAUUGAAGUAUAUGUGAAAUAAUAGUCCCAGGUAUCUAUUUUACCUACAAAAAAUGUCAAAACUGUCCAAAAUAUUUACACGGGAUCACAAACACAAACUGAUCCUAUCCCAGCCGCCUUCUCUUCUCCACCUAUUUUAUUCUCUAGAGUGAACUCCAUUUGAACACUAGUAACUAUGUGCUGCAAGUAAAUCGAUCCGAAUGUGGUGCAGCCUGCCAUAUGCUGUAAGUAUUAAUAUCUAUGGCAGGUUUUAAAUAUGAUGAGAGGGAAGAAGGAGGAAAGAAACAGAUUGGUUCUUUGACAUAAAGGGCAGUCCAGAUCUGCAGAAUUGCUUGUUGGGACAUCUUUGAUGUUUAACAUUCUGACUCACUCCUCCACACAAACACAUGCAUCUUCAUUAUGGAGUACAGGGGUCUGACUUGAAUGUACUUUCACUCACUUCCUCGCUUAUCCUUUGAAAUUUAACCAGAGUGAGAGACUCUGCAGUCCUAAACUGCACUUUUCAAGCUUCUUUAAUACCGUAUGCUGCCAGAUGGCUUUUUCCAUUUGCUCUUGUUUUCCUUCCUCAUGUUCAUUUCAGUUGAGUUGACAUCGUCAUCAUGAACACACAAUCAUCCUUAACACAGUGGGGCUUACAUGCUUGACGUACAGUACAACAUGUCUGCAGAGGGAGGACUCUCUACCGCUAGUGCUUUUCUUGCAAUUUUGAUGAACUCUGCAUUUUUUUUUUUUUUAAAUAAAGUAAUAAUAAUGUAUUCGACUGAGAGAACCCAGGUGGUUUAGUUUGUCAGUUUUGCUGUUAAGGGUAUCAUAUGCCUUCAUCAAUCUGUUGGGAAAUGCUGGUGUGCGGUUAUCAGACAAAUAGGCAAACCAACUACAGUACGCCUGUGCCUGGUGUCAUUAUGCUUGCCGUGGUAAAACCACAGUGUGAAGAGUCUUUGUCCGCUUGUUAGCUGUGACAAUGAUGUGAGCAUCAUUUUGUCACAGCCUAGAAUCAUCUGUUUUGCCAGUAACAAAUGUGAGUGGUGUAAAUGCUAUUUAAAAGGAAAGCUCUGUGUCCCAUGUGCUCUCACACGUUUAGCUAUUCCAAUGGCAACAUAUUACCAUGUAACUUUAAGGUCAGCGUACUGACAUGAGGCAGCAAGGCCGCUCAUUUUCAUCACACUAGCAUCUGCACCAAUAGAAAGUGUAGGCUUUGUACAGGCUUGCUAAUAACUACUGAUCCCUUGAACUCAGUAAAAAAAAAAAAACUAAAUACCUGAUUGCAUGGAACCUUGUUACUGUAAUUAAUAACCUAUACAGUAUAUUUACUUUUUUUUAAUAAUGACUUAAAUGAAACAUUACCACCCGGAAGAGAACAGUGCAAAACUUUUUUUCUUUUUCUUUCUGCGUUCAAGUAACUAAAGAUGGAGAAUAUUUUGUAGAACAGUGGAGGUUGUUUAUUCAUUGUUACAGUUUGUUUUUAAAGGUUGCAGGGUUUUUGUGUCUUUUAAAUUUAGUUUAGGAGUUGUAAAAUAAAGAUAAGAAUUGCUUUUUUGCAACUAUAAUUGGGUUUGAAUGUCUGAAGAUUUGUAGUUUUUCUUUGUUUGUCUGUUUUGUUUGAUGAUUGUUCUGGGAAAGGAACAUCUUGUGGUUCACACAGAGUCCAGUAGUCAAUACUGGCUUAUGAAGUCGUUCUCUUGAAGGGCUUGGUGUGGGUACUGUGGCUCCACAGAAAUUAAAUGUCUGUGUGUUAAGCAGAAAGUUGGACGUCCACUUCGAAAAUCUAUUUCAAUCCACAUUUAAAAAAAAAAAAAUGUUUUCACAUUCUUGAACGUCUUUUGUUGGGGUUUCGUCUACAUGCCGUUUUCAUCAAACAAUAAUGAAUGUUUUCAUUCCAAAACGUUCUUAGUUGUUCGCUAUGAACACUCUCGAAAAGGUUGACAGUCAGGAAAGCAAACACAAGAUUGUAAUGACGUUUCCCUCCAUUUGUUCUCGAGAACAGUGUGGUCCUGAGAUGAAGUCUUUCUGCCUGCGCACAAACCGGCUGGAGCUUUGCACCCACUGCUGAGAAAGAAUUCUCUGUAAACGCCUUGGUAAUGUUAAUUGUGGAUACAUAAUUUUAUAUAUAUGAAAAAGACAUGUCAAAUAAAGAUUAUUUAUCUUCUAAUUUA